UAAUACAAUUAAUACAACUAACAAUAAUAACUUUCAACAAUCUUUAUCAGAUAAAAAUUCAUCUUCUAUUAAAUUAUCUGAUAAAAGUAGUUCAUCAUUAAUUUAUAAGCAAACUAUGUUUACUGCUUUAUCAAAUAGAAGAUUUCAGUCUGCAUCACCUAUAAAGAAA